UUGCGGCCUCCUCCGCUCCCCCGUCACGUGACUUGGGAAGGGAGUAAUGGCUGCUAUGGGGGCUGUUGAAAGGCCCUCCCGCCUCUCCCUCCCAAUUUUCUCCGUCCUCCUUCUCCUGUUAUCGCUGUUCCUUGCCCAGGCCGCUGGAGUCAACAGCUGCCGGGGAGAGUUGGGCCUCAGGCCAGGAGACGCCCGUGACUCUGAAGCCUGUGGACUGAACCUGCAGCUAGAGCAUUCGUUUGAGCUUGAUGACAGCAUCAGAUUCAAAAAGCGGGGCACCCUCCUGUGGAACGUGGGCCCUGACCCCAGCCUCUCGCUAAGCCAGAAGCAAUUAACUGAGGAGGAACGCAACAAACUUAGGGAGGUGGCAACAGAGGGUGGACUGUACCGUGUGCGGAUCCCGCGACGGCCCCUGGGCAGCACUGAGGAGAGUGGAACUGAAUAUGUCACCUCUUUCGUCCGAGCAUGUUCAAUGGUGGAAUCUCAUCUGUCAGACAGGCUGACUGUUCACACGGAUGUCGCUGGCAACAUCAUUGGUCUCUCUAUUGUCACUGUGCCUGGUUCCUGCCAUGGAGCUGAGGUGGAGGACGUGGACCUGGAAUUGUUCAAUACCACUGUCCUUCUCCAGCAGCCCAUACCAGCGGCUAUCCCUGAGACGGCAGCGUUUAUUGAACGCAUGGAACAAGAACAGGCCCAGAAAGCCAAGAAUCCGCAGGAACAGAAAUCCUUCUUUGCCAAAUAUUGGCAUUUAAUUCUGGGCGGAGCAGUGCUUCUCCUAGCAACCAGCUCUGCAACAGCCCCUCGGGAGCCGGGACGUCAGCCCUGAGCCAAAAUGGAUGUAUAUUAUCCCUAUCGUCCUGUUCCUAAUGAUGUCUGGAGCACCUGAUGGAGGGGGACAAGGAGGGGGCAAUGGAGGCAGUGCUGGGGGAGGUGGGAGGUGAGGGCAGCUUGUUUUUCCUACAUUAAGGGGAGAGGUCAUGUAAAUAAAUAUUACUAGAGGAAAAUG